GACGUCAGGGCCGUCCAUUGAUCCGCCGUACAUUAGCCAGGCAGUGUGCACAAUAUGACUCGCUAAACGGCAUAGAUUCAAUCUAAAUUAUUCAAAAAAGGUAACUCGGUUAGCGUGAUCUGGACAUUUCGUUUAGUUUAGUUUCUGGAGCGCAUCUCUUUGAGGUUUUACCAUGCGGCCAGCUGAUAUCAAAGCCUUCUAAUCUGUAGAACGGAAUACACUUCCUGUAUACGGACACGACUGCCUGUGUUGGACACUGCCCUUGGCGGGGCUAAGAGUAACAAUGGCACCCGUCUUCACCCUCGUCUGUUUGCUGGCCGCAAUAUCCAGAGUUACGUCUCAGAGAAUACCACCAUACAUAACUAAACCGGACGCCCAGACGAAGGAUUACAUCAAAUACGAAUCGGAGGUUGUUCUCCCCUGCACGGCAGAGGGAAACCCCAGACCCACAUACAAAUGGUACUUCAAAGGAGACGAGGUUAGAUCGACAAACGAGUAUAUAAAAGUAGACAGCACUAACGGCACCCUGACUAUACCCAGCUUCACAGACAGAGAGCAGGGGGAGUAUCAGUGUGCAGUGGAGAAUAAUGUUGGUUCGGAAGUGAACCCGUUAGCCAUGUCACCCGUUACAACCCUAACACAAAUCGUUCUAGAAAGUUGGUCUGACAGCGGCGCCCCACCUACACCCAUAAUCAAGUCGGAGGGGCAAUAUGCCAGCCUCGAGUGUGGGGAUGUUCCAGAGAGCGUUCCUCCAGCACGCUUCAUGUGGUUCCGACAAGGAACAGAUGGCACCCAGGAACAAGUUAAAGAAAGCAAAAGAAUCUAUAUUGACGAUAAAGGAACCCUGCAUUUUGUCUUCUUGGAAGUGGAAGACCAGACUGAUGUUGAUAUUUACAAGUGCGCCAUGUACAAUGACAAUCCCGAUAAUAUCCAACUUGGCAGCCCAAAGAAGCUGACAGUUAAACCAGAAACAGUUAAACCCCAAGUGCCUCCGAGAAAUGUGUUUAAGACCGCCGAUCCCCAGUUCCUCAUAGGCCAAAAAGCAGAACUGGAGUGUGUUUUCAGUGGACACCCUAUCCCGUCUGUCCAUUGGUAUGACCUGCGGAGAGGGCCCAUCACGACCAACAAGAAGUACAAACUUGACAAGAACAACAUGAAACUGCAGAUUGUUAACCUAACAGAUGAUGAUGGAGGCAUUUAUAGAUGCGAGGGGAACAGCUCUACUUCUGACAACGACAUCAUCUUCCUGAACGUAACAUCUGGUCCUAUCUGGGUACAGGGCAUUAACAACCAGACUAUCCCCGAAGGUCGAGAUGCCACCUUCACCUGCAAGGCUCGUUCGGCUCGUGCGGAGAAUGAGCCGAGUGCCCCUGUGUGGUACAAGAAUGGGGUGGAGAUCAACAUGAACAAUCCUCCAGGUAACGGAAAGAUCCAAUUCAGCGAACGUGGUCGUGUUCUCACCGUGACAAACCUAACCAAGCCAGAUGACAUUAUGUGCAUUCAAUGUCGGGUAGCCAACUCGAUGGGCUCCGAGUUCGCAAACGGUUGUCUCAAUGUCAUAGAGCCUAUCAGCGUGACUACACAGCCUCCACUUAAGCAGGGCAUCAAGAAAGGUGAUCUGGUGAACCUCACUGUGCGGGGAACCACAGACCCGGGGAUGACACUCAGGUACAGAUGGGAAUUCAAGAAUGAAACGUAUUACACAGAACUACCGCCACAUGUGAUCUACGACGACGUCACAAAACAAACCUACAUCAACACUACAAAUCUGAGUGAUGAGGAGUACGACCAGAUAGAAGGAAAUUACAGCAGAGUGCUGUUCCAUAACUUUGAAACCCGCCGUGUAUCCAUUGACGUCGUCCUAGAGGAUGGGAUAGUUGGACCGAUUCUGAUUAGUGGUGCAGGGGUGCCGAUUUGGCUGAUCAUCCUGCUUAUCCUCCUCAUCCUCCUCAUCAUACUGAUCAUCAUCUGCUGCUGCUGCUAUCGCAAGAAGAAGGAUCGGGGAGCGUACAGAGUGUACGCCAUCGAGAAGGACACUAUCUACUUACACCCGGACAAGGAUAUUGAGGAUCAUAAAUUCCAGAAUGUCACAAGCAUAGAGCCUGAAGGAGACGAAUCUCUGAAGAAACGUCUCAACCCAAACUAUGACCUCAGUGAUGACGACAUGGACUCGCUAGACGGUUAUGCUGGAGGUAAAUUCAACGCCGCGUACUUCAGCGAUGACGCGUCUUUUGUAGGACAGUAUGCAACUAGAGCAAGUCAAGAUCUUUGAAGACGUUGUGUUGAUACUUUAAAAACAUAUCAACGUACUUGGCUGCUCAACUAAACAGGCCGAUUCGGCCGCUUUGGGAACCACUGACGAAACGUCUUUAACGAAUCAACCUUAUUUCUAAAUCAACUUUAUAUUUACAUAUUCGGGUACCAAGUCAACAUAUUUGGCUACCAAAACAACUUCUGUAUGGACACCAAAUCAUCUUCAUAUUUUGCAUGUUUGGCUAUGAUUUUAGUCAGGAUUACACACUGGAUGUAAGAACUCACUUAUUUAUUCUUUUGCAAACAAAACACAUUCACAUCAAACAAAGUAUACUUUGAGCAUAUUCAUUACUUUCAACAAAAAGUUGAAGCCAUUAAAUCGUCUCUUUGCGAUUCUUUCUACGUAGAUGGGAGUCGACGUUUCGUUUUCAUGUUCCUUUACACAAUUAGUCCACUAAGUGAUGCAUUUGAUAAUUGACGUUUGUUUUCAUCGCCAUUACCAUUCCAACAGUAUAUACAUUUCUCUGAGAUGUAGGAAGUCCAUGCCCAUAUCACUAUUUUGUAUUCCGACAUCUUGCAUCCUGCAUAUGUUGAGGUAUUCCACAAUGAAUCCUGUGAUCGAGAUAAACAUGAAUAAUGUAUAAAAUAACACUUGUUUACCGGCCUCGAGUUGAACAGGAUAUGGUUAAACACGAUUGAACACGAAACAGAACUUGAGAGACACCAGCCAAAGAGUAUACCACUUAAUACAAAACAACGUUUUUACAUUUAGUCUAGUUGGCAGAAAUAAACACUUUUAGGGGUACUGAUAUAUUGUAAUAUAGUUAUAUUGAUAAUUUGAAAAAAUAUUACAUUGCAAGUUACAGAUGCACAAUACACUAGUUUUAUUUGCUUCUACACAAUCACAACAAACACAAUUCGAUAAUUACCAAUACAUGUAUGUCCUUGCACAAAACGUUUUUCUAAACAAACCUGACGAUCUGAACAAUAUGAUUUUCCUAUAAAUGUUCUAUGUUCCAUUUUCUUUCAGCACUUGUCCCAGGUAUUUUUUGUUGUAAACUUAUAUACGGUAGUUUUAUGUUGCCGACAUGCAUAUGCUGUAGUAUCAUUUGUCAAACCUGUUGAACUUUAAAUGCCUUUGUCUUAAACAAAGAUGAAAUGCACAAAUACAGUAUAUACAUGUAAUGCAUUAAAGUAUAUGCAUGUAGAAAGUCGCAACUCACAUCUUGUUUGCAUUCACUAAAUUUCAAACACAAGUGUAUAUAUUUUAUUUCAUCAGGCCAUCAGAUCAACUAGCUCCAAGUAGUAUACAAGUCUUGGAACAGAAACGCAGACAGCCGGCUUGUCCACAUUUAAUGGACAUGUGGGACCCACUAAGUGGUAUUCAGGAAAGAAUUCUCAUCUGAAUAAUCCAAAUGUGGUGAUCAGUUUUCAGCAAUAUGAAAAAGAUAUUGUCGUACGUCCGAAUAUUCCGGUGCUAAUAUUCUCUUACCAUAUUCCAAAGAACAUUAUUAUACCAAAUACAUUUCUAAUAUACUUGUUGAAAUAAAACAUUUAGAGUAUUUUACUUUUUUGUAUAAACAAUUUUUCCAUAAUGUGCCUGUUGAUCCAAUGCCUAUGAUUCUGUCCUGGGGAUGCUUUGAAUAUUGUCUGUCGUGUUCAUUGUAUUCCAAAGAAGGUAAUUGUAUUUUAAGAUUAAAAGAUCCGGUUUAGAAUUGGUCUUCAGCAACCCACAUUUGUCGUAAGAGGCGGCUAAUCGGAACGGGUGGUGAGGUUCGCUGACUUGGUUGAUCUAUGUCAUCGUAUCCCAAUUACAAAGACCGAUGUUUAUGAUGUCAGUCAUUGGAUUGUCUGGUUCAGACUCGAUUAUUUACAGACCGCCGCCAUACAGCUGUAAUAUAGACGAGUGUGGCGUUAAGCAACAAACAAACAAAACAAGUAGCUUAGUGUAUUAGUUUAGGCUGUCACCCCUUUGUCUUAGUUAACACUAGGUAAUUCUAUGUAAUUUGCUUAUAGAUAGUCACAGAAUGCUGUUUGGUUGCACACUUGUCAGUAGAUGUUAUGCUUAGAGCAGGACCAUCACAUGUGUCCACUCCCCUGCAGUAUAGUUUGUCCAUUAUUAUCAGCUCAAUAUAUACUUUAUGUACCGUUUCUGCUGAUUUACAGCAUGUUUCACUAUGUUUCAAUGCUAUCUCCAGGUGUACAUCUUACAGCUCCUGCUGUUUACCUCUUAUACUCAUAAUUACAUUGUUGUGUUUACACUGCCAUCUUGUUAACGAUAUGCCCUCCGUGUAUAUAUAGUGUUAUUUAUUACAGUACACGUGCGAAAGGUGUUAACCAAAUGGUGACGAUAUGAACUUGUUUGUUUUUUGUUUCAUUUUAGUUCAUUGUGCAGUAUUACUAACUAUAUAAGUGUAUUUUCAUGCUAAAGGUAUCUGAUUAUAUGUACAGCUCACGUCUAUAGUUUUUUUAAUUAUGACACUUCUAUACCUUUUCCCGAAUAAAACAAUUUUACAGAG